CCUUCCCCCUAGACAUAUUGCUUCUGAGAAAACCAAACUGAUCCAAAUCACUGUGUUGUCUGGGAGAGAGUGAACAACAACCGUCCAAAUGGCUCAGCAAGGAGUUCUGCUGGAUCAGAACCAGUUGUGUUGUUCUGUCUGUCUGGAUCUACUGAAGGAGCCAGUCACAACUGCAUGUGGACACAGUUACUGUAGGAGUUGUAUUGAGGGCUGCUGGGAUCAGGAUGAUCUGAAAGGGGUCUAUAGCUGUCCCCAGUGCAGACAGACCUUCACUACAAGGCCAACUCUGAGGAAAAAUAACAUGUUGGCUGAGGUGGUGGAGAAACUGAAGAAGACAGGACUCCAGACUGUUUCUCCUGCUGUGUGCUCUGCUGAACCUGGAGAUGUGGUUUGUGAUUUCUGUACAGGGACCAGGAAGCAGAAAGCCCUCAUGUCCUGUCUGGUGUGUCUGGCUUCUUAUUGUGAGACUCACCUCCAACCUCACUAUGAGGUACCUCCAUUAAAGAAACACAAGCUGAUCAAAGCCACCAAACAACUACAGGAAAAGAUCUGCUCUGAUCAUGACAAACUGCUGGAGGUUUUCUGUCGUACUGAUCAGCAGUGUAUCUGUCUGCUAUGUGCGUUGGGGGAACAUAAAGGCCAUGAUACAGUGUCAGCUACAGCAGAGAGGACUGAGAAACAGAGUCAGCUGGGGAUCAGUCAGCAGAAGGUCCAUCAGAGAGUCCAGGAGAGAGAGAAGGAGGUGAAGGAGGUCCAACAAGCUGUGGAGUCUCUCAAGCUCUGUGCACAGACAGCAGUGGAAGACAGUGAGAAGAUCUUUACGGAGCUGAUCCGCUCUAUAGAGAGAAGAUGCUCUGAGUUGAAGGACCUGAUCAGAGCCCAAGAGAAGACUCAAGUGAGUCAAGCUGAAGGACUCCUGGAGAAACUGAAGCAGGAGAUUGCUGAGCUGAGGAAGAGAAGCACUGAGCUGGAGCAGAUCUCACACAUAGAGGAUCAUAUCCAUUUCCUCAAGAGUUAUCAGUCUCUCUCCAGUACCAGUGUAUCUUCAGAUUUACCCAGCAUCACUGUCCGUCCUGUUCAGUACUUUGGAGAUGUGAGUAAGACUGUCUCUGAUCUGAGAGAGAAACUAGAAGACGUCCUUAAAGGAGAAUGGACCAAGAUCUCCACUACAGUGAAUAUAGUGGAUGUUUUACUGCCUCCAGAGCCCAAGACCAGAGAACAGUUCAUACAAUAUUCCUGUCAGCUCACACUGGACCCAAACACAGUACACAAACAACUCUUUCUGUCUAAAGGGAACAGAAAGGUUACUGGUACACUCCUAGUCCAAACAUAUCCUGACCAUCCAGACAGAUUUACUAACAGCAGGAUGGUUCUGUGUGGAGAGGGUCUGACUGAAUGCUGUUACUGGGAGGUGGAGGGGAGUGGGUACUUGGUUGAUACAGCAGUCUCAUAUAAAGACAUCAGCAAGACAGAUGAUACAUUUGGAUCCAAUGACAACUCCUGGAGUUUAAAGUUCUCUAGUGGUGGUUAUUAUUUCAGACACAAUAAUGUUGAGACUAAAGUAUCAGGCCCUCAGUCCUCCAGAAUAGGAGUCUACCUGGAUUACAAGGCAGGUACUCUGUCCUUCUACAGUGUCUCUGACACAAUGACCCUCCUCCACAGAGUCCAGACCACAUUCACUCAGCCCCUCUAUCCUGGGUUACAUCUACAUAAUUUCAAUGGCGUUGCUGAACUGUGUGAACUAUAGUUGGUGGUCAGAUAUUAAUAGAUGUUAUACACUUUUUGGAGUGUUUAUAUAAAGCAAUAGUUCUACUAUAUACUAUUGUUAAAAUGUAACUGUAGGAAAGUUAAGACCAGACAAAGGCAACAUACCAGCUUUACAGCACAUUCAUUUAUUGUUGUCAAGGGAACACCAUCUCAAUUAUCUCACCUGACACCAAUUUAUAUGAACUCAGCCGCUCAGCGGUUAAACAACUCUCUCUGCCUGAAGGGGAAAAGAAGGUUACUGAUACACAGCAAGUCCAACCAUAUCCUGAUCAUCCAGACAUUAACAAAUCACUACCAGAAACUAAAUGCACAACAAGGUUGUUUAAUGGAGAUUUUCAAUGGUGAUGUCCGGGAAACUGAACCAAAGUAAGAUAUCUUUUAUUUCCUACUGCUCAGUCAAGCAAAAAUGUACUUGCUCACAAGGGGUUCUUUUGACCAAAUUAUCUUGACUGAACACAGUAUCAGUAAUGUUGCGAAUUGUACUAUAAUAUAUUCAUCAGAGAUUUUAAGUCUGGGACAGAUCAGUUUUGUAGCGCUUAUUCUUUAAUUAAAUGGUUUAUGACGAUAUAAAAUAAUACAGAUCAUUUUAUUAAUUCUAAGUGCCUUUAAAACUUUGUGUGGGAAGGAAAUUGUAGUUUAGGUGUGAUUACUGACUCCUUAAGUCGCUUUGGAUUGUACAUUUUUUUGUGGUCAGAUAAUUUUUGUUGACAUGUACUAUCUGUCCUAUUAUAGUGUCUAUGUCACAAUGACCCUCCUCCACAGAGCCCAGACCAGAUUCACUCAUUAGCCCUUCCAUCAUGGGUUUAGUCUCUAAAUCUACAGUAGUGGUACUGCUGAGCUACAAACUGUAGCAGGGGUCUCAUAGAUAAAGGACAUGUUGAUAGUCACCGUAUCUGAUGCUUUAUUUUGCUCUGUUUUUCAUUACAAUGUGGUUUUUCCAACUGAUUUGAUCUAAAGAGAUUUCUGUCAUUUUUCAAUUUAAUCUUCUCAUUAAAGCAGCUUUUGAAAUAAA